AUGGAGGACAGGAGCCCCUGCAAGAAGAGCUGCCCGGAGGCCGGCGGGGGCAGCGGGGCGGCCCUGGUGGCGGCGGCGGCGGCAGGCGGCGGCUACCGGGCCCACCACGCGGCCCCCGGCCAGCUGGAGCUGGAGGCCAAGAUCCAGAAGGCCGUGGAGUUCAAGGCGGAAGGCGGCCGCUGCUACAAGCAGAAGAAGUUCCGCGAGGCCAUCGGCAAAUACCACCGCGCCCUUCUGCAGCUCAAGGGGCUGCAGGCGGCCAGCGAGGGGGCGGCGGCGGCGGCGGAGCAGGGCCUGCUGGGCAGGCCGGGCUGGCAGCGGCUCUCCGAGGAGCAGCGGGCGCUGGUGGAGAGCACCGAAGUGGAGUGCUACAACAGCCUAACAGCCUGCCUGCUGCAGUCGGAGCUGGUGAACUACGAGCGGGUGCGCGAGUAUUGCCUCAAGGUGCUCGCCAGGGAGAAGAGCAACUUCAAAGCCAUGUACCGUGCCGGCAUCGCCUUCUACCACCUGGGGGACUACAACAACGCCCUGCUCUAUCUGAAAGAGGCCAAGAACCGCGAGCCCACGGAUACCAACGUCCUGCGGUACAUUCAGCUGACAGAGAUUAAGAUCAGCCGCUGCAACCAGCGGGACAAGGAGGCGAUGGCGUAGCCCGGGGCCGGCCUCAACAGCCCCACCACCACCACCACCACCGCCGCAUCAGCGAGGGACAGAGCCUUCUACACACGGUGCCAACAGUGCCCAGGAUCCACCCGCUGCCCUCCAUGAUCCAGGAAAGUGCCAUCAGGCGCCCGCCAUGCCUGGCAGAGGCUGCAGCCGGAGCAUCGCUCUCGACGGACAGUUUGGCUCCGGCCCUCUUGGCUGCGGGACGCGAUAAUGUAGCAUUUUGCCCAAACACUGUUGGGGUUGCUUAUUUAUCUAUAUGUAUUUUUA